AUGCCUUCGCCAAGGCAACUCCGCACCCUCAUGAUUGGUGUGCUGAUCGGUGUCGUUUUCGUUCUCUUCUACACAUCGUCACUCCGAAACAGCGACGUCAAGGACGAGCGAAGUCUUCAAGACUUCUACCACAAGACAGUCAACGGUCUCAACAAAAAACCGCCCGGCCAGGCGGUACUAGAUCAAAAUAAGGGCAAGAACUCCGGCCAUGUGCCGGUCGAUAAGGAUGCCGACGGCGACGUCGACGAGGACGACGCCAAGUUGGCCAAGGACAUGCAGGAUAGGUUGAAGGCCGCCGAGGACAAGGCCAAGGAAGCCGCGAACAAGAAGUCGCCCUUGAAGCCCGAUGCGCCGAGCGACGUUGUCGGAAAGGGGAACUCGGCCGCUGGACAAGACAAGAAGAAGGAAAAGACGGGCACCGGCAAGGAUGUCGCAGCGGAGGGUGCAAAGGAAGAAAAGAAAGAAAAGGAGGAGAGCGACGAAGAGCACGCUGUCGAGGUUGAGCUCAACUCGAUCCUCAAGAAGUCUCCAGUCAUCAUCUUCUCCAAGACAUACUGCCCCUACUCCAAGAAAGCGAAGGAGAUCCUGCUCACCAAGUACUCGAUCGAACCCGCCCCCUUCGUUGUCGAACUCGAUAAGCACCCACUCGGCCCCCAGCUCCAAGCAUUCCUGGGCGAGAAGACAGGCCGCAAGACCGUCCCCAACAUCUUGGUCAAUAGCGUGAGCAUUGGUGGAGGCGACGACAUUGUCGAGCUCGACACCCAGAAGAAGCUGCUACCCAGGAUUGUCGAUCUUGGACAGAAGAAGGUCGAGAUGAAGUUAUCGACCGGCGAUGCGCCGAAGAAGGAUGCGUCCAAGAAGGAUACGUCCAAGAAGGAUACGUCCAAGAAGAAUUAG